CAACCCCCUCCCACUCCACUUGCCACCGGAGUAGUAAACAAACACCUGAACCAAACACUUGUUGACAUUUCUUUGCAGUGGCAGAUCAUUUUAAACAAUUUCUUUGUUUAACUACACUUCAAUAUGAGGAGUCUUAUUUACAUUGCCUCCACAAUUUUGUUGGCAUCGGAAUGUAUGGGCCUUGGUAUCCUCGGGCUUUAUUGCUAUAAAUGUAACUCCAACCAAGCUGGAUGUGGAACACCUUUCAACUGGCUCUGGUAUUGGGGAGAACAAUGCGAGGAAUAUGAUGACAAAUGUGUGAAAAUCAUUGAACGCAAAGGAGCUGAAGAAAUUAUCACGAGGCAAUGUCUGAGUCAGUUACAGCCGUACAGAACUGAUAUACCAGCAGAUCAUUAUGAGGGAUGUCGGCCAGCAGCAAAAGAUGUUCGACUUGGACACUAUGUCAAUAAUUCUAUCAAGGAGUUAGAUAUUCACCGAGAUCACUAUGACAGCACAACUUGGUGUUUCUGCUACUUUGAUAAUCGAUGCAACAGUGCAACGUCCUCUGUGCCAUCAAUAUUGAUAUUAUUUAUUAGUUUGGUCGGCCUUUUGCCCUACUUAAUCUAAAUGUAAAAUUUGAUGCUAUCAAAUUUCUUAAUCAAGGUACCCAUGGAUUACUUCCAAUGAUAUUGUUGUUUUUCAAAUUUGUGUGUCAUUGUACCACAAUACCAUUUAAUUGUUUUUGACCAUUGUAUUACAUAUCAAUAUUUUUCUACUUUUGUUUUCUUGGGGAUAUUAUAUGCACUUAGACCCUUUGAAGUUCUAUAAUUUGUACUUAUGAUAUUACAAAGAAAGGUACUACAAAAAUAUGUUUGACUCAAAUUAUCUGCCUUAGACUAUGAAACAAAGUAGGUCCAAUCCGUCCACUAUGCUGUGAAAAUAUUUGUUCUUUACCUGAUAUCAUAGUAUAUAUAUACAAAAAUAUUUUGAAUUGUCUGUCCUGUGUAAUUUUAGGCUUUUUAACCUUCCCCUACUUGGGAAAAUGUAGUAAACCAGUUAAGUAUUAAUUUAAGAGAAAUGUGACGAUUUUUUUGUACUGGUUGUUUUUUUAUUUCAAUGCUGGUUUUAUCUCAUUUGUCAUCCCUCACAAGAAUUGUAAUUCAUUUGUUCACACACAUCUCUUUACUAUACUGCGUUAAAUCAUUCCAGCUAGAGAUUUUGUAUAGUUUAAUAAUUGUUUCCAUUACAUCUAGAGUAGUCAUUGUCAAGUCAUUGUCCGUCCACUUGCUGUUAGAGUAUGUUAAUAUUCAGAUUUCUUUUUGAAUAUUAAUGCCAUUGAUUCAGUAUAUAAAACAUGCAUAACAGAA